GGUGAAUUUUCUCAUCUGGUCUUGCUGGCAGCAUUUGAUUGCAUCGAUGACACUAAACUUGUGAAACAGUUAAUUAUAUCUGAAAUAAAUGCUUCUUUGCCCAAUAUAAUAAACAAUAAAUAUGGAAAGAAGAUCUUGUUGUACCUGCUAAGUCCUAGAGACCCUGCACAUUUUGUUCCAGAAAUCAUCAAGCUUCUGCAACAGGGAGAUGGAAAUGCCUAUAGUAAGAAGAAUACUGAACUCCGCCGCCAUGAACUCCUGGAAGCCAUUUCCUCACCUUUGCUAAAGUAUUUGCAAGAACAUACCCAAGAAGUAGUGAUAGACAAAGCUACCUUUGUCUUGGUUGCUGACAUCUUAAGAACAGCUCUUGGUGACAUCCAGCCUGCGCUAGAUGCAAUUGCUAAUUUAGCAGCAGAAGAGCUGUUUCCAGGUGGCCGUGAUGGGCAGCUUCACAUUGCAGAGCAUCCAGCAGGCCAUCUAGUUUUGAAAUGGUUAAUAGAGCAAGAUGAAAAAAUGAGAGAGAGUGGAAAAGAAGUUUGCUUUGGAAGAACAUUGGUGGAACGUGUUGGUAUUGAGAAUAUGAAGACCUGGGCAGAAGUAAAUCGAGGUGCCAUUAUUCUUUGUUGCCUUCUCCGGAGCGUCGAUCAAAAAGUGGCAAAUACAGUCAAAAACGGAUUGAAAAAGCUUGUCCCAAAGUUGAAGCAGAAUAAAAAUGUAAAAGGAGUAGAAGCAUUACUGGAAAAAUUGACUUCCUCAUGUAAAUGAAGCUAAAAAGGCAAUUUACAUCAGUGCAGCCAACUGAGAGUUGGUAAGAUUUUGCACCAUGAUUGUUUUAAGAAGCAGUGUAUGCAUUUGUAAAUUAAAUAAUUUCUAAAA